AUGACUACCAUCGAAAACCUCAAGACAAUCGACCCCUUCGCUGAUGCCGAAGAGGGCGAGGGCAACAACAAUCCCAAGAAAGGCCAGGACUACAUCCACAUCCGCAUCCAGCAGCGCAAUGGCCGCAAGACCCUCACCACCAUCCAGGGUCUCCCCAAGCGCUUCGACCAGAAGAAGAUCCUGAAGGUCAUCAAGAAGAAGUUCGCCUGCAACGGUACCAUCGUGGAGGACCAGGACCUCGGUGAGGUCAUUCAGCUCCAGGGCGACCAGCGCAAGAACAUUCACGAUUUCCUCGUCGACAAGCAGGAGGGUCUCGAGAUGGACUCCAAGCUUGUCAAGGUCCACGGCUUCUAA